AUGAGUGCCGCAACAGGAAUUGGCUUCGGCGUUGGUUUUAUAUUCAGUCCUAUAAUAUCGACGAUAGUAGUACUUAUGUUGUGUUUCACUGGUGUGUUCAACCGUACCAAUUCAUGUCCUGUGUGCCAACCUUGUCGGGCGAUGUCAACUACUACUAGAAAACUGACAACAUACCUUUCGAAUGGCCCAGAUUACACUUCUGCUACAUUUACUUCAACCAGACCUACAACAGGAAAACCAGCAACUCCGCCUCCUCCCCCAACUUGUCCACGUGAUCUUUCGCCGAUAAGUCAAUCCCAUUUUCUUCAGAAAAUCACAGGAUCAUCAUCUUCGAACAUCUAUCGCCAGUAUAAAUGUGAAAUCGAAACACAGUUUUCAACAAGUGUUGCUAUGAUCAAGUUCGAAUUUUUGACGGAAACAAGUGUAUGGUAUCUUGAUAACGUUUCAAUUCGAGAAAAGUAUGCCACUAAUACAUAUAGUUUUGCCUCGUCCGACUUUGGUUCUCCGUCACAUGAUUACUUGACACAGAUCAUGAACGUCAAGGGUACAACUUCAUAUGUGAUAGAAUUCUAUCUCGCAUUUGUCGGCAAUGCCGGUUCUACAACAGUUACUUUGGACACGCGUUAG